CCCGAGUUGGCAGGAUCCCUGUACGGAUUCUGUGAGUCUUAGAUUGAGUCAGUAGGUCUGUCAGUCAGGGGUUAGAGUCUACGUGGUGAGGUUUGGAACCGCUAAUCCGGUUAUGCACGUAUCACCAUGGUUAACACCCGGAGUGGGAAGAGCACUACCCCCUACACCCAGGAGCAACAGGAAAAGAUGGUCGCCUUAGUGAGAGAGAACAAGGAGAGGAAGGAGCUCCUGAAACAGGCAAAGCUAAAGACAAUCGCAGAGGAGCAGGCGGCGAAGAUGAAGAAACUGGAGGAGGAGAUGAAGAGAGUUCAGCAGGAGGAGGAAGAGAGAAGAAAGGCUGCCGAAGAGGAAGCAGCAGCAAAAGAAGAAAAAGAGAGAAAGCAUAUUGAAAGCAGAGAGGAGAGUAGUGGCACGAAGAAGGACGGAGACGCAGAGAUGGAGAGGAAGACUAGCGAGUGGAUAACUAAUUUAUCGUUGGGGGAAGAUGAGGAGGCGGAGUUCUAUGUGCCCCAGGACGAGAGGGAUGCGCUAGCCCAGGAGCUAGCAGCAAUGGAGGACCCCCUGGAAAGACAAGAAAGAGAGGAGGAGAAAAAGUUGGAGUGGAAAUUGGGAAUGAAGAGGGAGAAGAAGAGAAGGAGGGAUGAAGUCAACAGGUUGACCGCAAAAGUGGCAAAAAUGAAAGACUGCAGGCAGGAGGUGCAGGCGCAGACAGACAUGACUGCCAAGAUGGAUAAGGUGCUGGGAUAUUUAGAGGUGUUGAGCGCGGCUUGGAUGGAGGAGCGCCAAACUAGCUAGGGUCAAGAUGUGGCCCUGAAGGCCAUGCGGUCCGGUUUUCGGAAUUUUGCGCGCGAGAUG